CCAGUGGCAGUGCGGCACUUGGAAAGUACUAGAAAACCAUCGAGCUGCUUGAUGUCGGACGUAAACACACUCAAAGACCAGGGAAACAAGGCUUUUGCUGCGAAGAAGUACGACGAGGCUAUUGACCUCUUUACCAAAGCAAUCGCCCUCGAUCCAAAGAACCAUGUUCUCUACUCCAAUCGAAGUGCUGCAAAAGCAGGGAAGAAGCAGUGGACGGAGGCUUUGGAUGACGCGGAAGAAGUAAGUGUUCAACCAACGUCAUCACUAGCAUUUAACACUUCUUGGCCAGUGCAUCCGAGUCAAUCCUUCCUGGAGUAAAGGUUAUUCCCGUAAGGGGGCUGCCUUGCAUGGCCUUAGACGGUGGGACGAUGCCAUAGCUGCAUAUGACGAGGGUAUUAAGCUUGAAGGGGAUUCGCCAUCACCGGCCCUGACGAAAGGUUUGAAGGAGGUUGUAGACG